AUGAAUGUCAUGUUCGCCGAGUACCUCGGAAAAAUAAUGGAGGUAUAUGUCGAUGACAUGCUGGUCAAAAGUCUAAAGGCCGAGGAGCAUAUAUGGCAUCUUGAGAAAGUCUUCGAGGUCAUAAUGAGGUUCGGGAUGAGACUGAACCCCCAGAAAUGCAUCUUCAAGGUUGUCAAAGGGAAGUUCCUAAGGCAUAUAAUUAGCAGGAGGGGGAUUGAAGCCAACCCGGAAAAGAUCCAAGCCAUAUUGGACAUGGAAAGGCCCAAAGAGAGGAAUGAAGUGAGUUCAUUGGCCUGGAAGAUUGUCGCCCUUGCCAGAUUCGUGUCACGACUCACGGAUAAGUGUGCCUCUUUCUUUCGGCUGCUGAAAGACCAGUGGUGUAAGGAUAUAGUAUGGACACCCAAGCAGGAGGAGGCAUUCAAACAGAUAAAGGCGUACCUCACGUUCGCGCCGGUUUUGUCAAAGCCAAUCCCGGGCGAGAUGCUUUACUUGUACAUUACGGCCUCGCAAUCGGCAGUCAACUCGGUGCUCAUAAGAAAAGAGUUCGACAUCGAGCAUGCAGUGUUCUACGCCGAGAAGGGAUUCACAUCGGCCGAGAGCAGGUACCCGGACGUCGAAAAAUUAGCCAUGACACUUAUUUCGAGAGUGGCAAUCAAGGGCCAAGCAGCGACUGACUUUAUAUCUGAGCUCACGCCCAUGAAAGUUGUGGGAGAGUCUUCUGAGCUCACGCCUAUGAAGAUUGUGGGAGAGUCCUCUGAGCCCGCUCCCAUAAAAGUUGUGGGAGUAUCCUCUGAGAUCGGCCGGGAGGAAAGCGGCCCCAGAGCGGAUAAGGGGAUGCACAAUGAAGAACCGCCGGCUCAACUCUGGAGGCUUUUUGUUGACGGCUCGAUGACGAGAAAUAAAAGCAGGGCGGGAAUAAUAUUAGAGACUCCUGUUGGAUUCAAACAUGAGUACGCAUUGGAAUUCCAGUUUAAGGCAUCAAACAAUGGGGUUGAGUAUGAAGCUUUAAUAGGGGGAUUGCAACUUGCCCGAGACAUCGGCGUGGAGAGAGUGGAAGUGUUCAGUGAUUCGCAAUUGGUUGUAAAUCAAGUCAACGGGAGUUUCGAAGCUAAGGAGCCUCAGUUGCACUCUUACCAAGCGUUAUCAAACGCCUUUAUGCAACGUUUCAAGUCGGCAUCUCUCUCUCACAUCCCCCAGAAGGAAAACACUAAUACAGAUGCCCUCGCCCGGCUAGCCACCGGAGGGCCUGGGAAAGGCAGAAAGAAGGCAAGAAUUGAGGUGCUAGGAAAACUGAGUAUCAGUAAAACAAUCUCGGAGAUAUUCAUGGUCGAAGCGGGACCUAGAGAGCCUACGUGGAUGGACCCCAUAAUCAAGUUUAUGAAGGAGGGGGUGUGCCCGGAGGCCAGGCGGCAUGCACGAAAGUUACAAUCGAGAUGUUCUAGGUACACCCUCAUGAACGGGAAGCUAUACCGCAGAGGUUACAAUUUUCUAAACCUCAAGUGCGUGACAGAGGAAGAAGGAAAAGUGAUCACAAGAGAAAUUCAUGAAGGGGUGUGCGGGAAUCACUCUGGAUCCCGGUCGUUAGCACACAAGGCACUACGCAUAGGGUUUUUCUGGCCCAACAUGGGCGCCAUGGCAGAUAACAUGUCGGCGAGAUGCCGUAAAUGCCAUUUGCACGCUAACGGGAUACAUUCCACUUCUAUUGCUCUGUCAAUCUUAUUAUCGCCCUGGCCUUUUGCACAGUGGGGCUUUGACCUCAUCGAGAUACUGCCAACGGCACCUGGGCAGUUAAAAUUCGGGGUCCAGGAGACAAUCGUCACAGACAAUUGUACACAAUUCAACAAUAACCAUAUGAUUGAGUUCUCGAAGGACAUGGUUGCCAAGAUGGUCUUCGCGUCAAUGGCACACCCGCAGACCAAUGGUUAG